CGCUAACGGAAUCAAGAGUCCCUGACGAAGACGCGGCUGAUAAAAAAAUCGCAUUGUCUCAUAUUAUUAAAAUAAUACUCGUUUUGUGUCGUCCUUUAAAAUGUCUGGACCACCUCAGCUUAGUAAGAUGCGGUCCAGUGCCGAGGCAAUGGCUUCAUUGGCACGUAACAAGGGAUCCUCCCAGGAAAAAGUGCAACAAGUGGUUGGAAAAAAAAGCAACAACAACAAGGACUUGGCAACCAUUAUAGAUGACCUGCAGAUGAAGUACGGGAACUACAAAUAUACGGUUUAUAGAUGUGCCAGCAAAUUUGUAGCGCUCCAAAAAAUCUUUCACACGGGGAAGGUUCCAUAUAAGUUGGUCUUAGCCAUCCUCGAACGACAUGGUUUGCGAGGCAACCUGGAGCUGAUGGUACCUCCCUUUCAGUUGACCUCCCUGAUCCACGAUAUAUACUUUGCCUGUGAAAAGUUGGGUCACUUUGCGCAGGAUUCCAGCUUUCAGCUAGAAGCAGCAUCAGGGUUGCUAGCCAAUUUCUUUUGGAAUGUCUAUGAUCCGCAACGCCGUCACUCAAUAUCACUCCUAGAGAUCAAGAUCACACUGAUCUUGUUCUGCAACCUAUAUAGUAGUGAACAGCUGGCUGGUGACUUCUUUGGUUUGCUAGCGGAUCCCAAGAACCAAGUGAUUUCACGCUACGCUUUUGAACAGCUCCUGGCCACAUUGAGUAAGCUGCUUAGCUACCUGGGCGAGGGUAAGGCUUAUGGUUCACACAAUCUUCCCCUGAUGAUGGAGCAGAGCUUUGCGAGGUGCCCACACGGGGUGGCCGGCCUAGCGGAACAACAGUUUCACAAACUAUGGACAGGGGCCGGGGUCCAGACUCGCUUUUUAAUCUAUGGGAACCUCCUAGCUUUAAUUAAGCGAAUCGAGGACACGGAACAUUUAAUACACAGCAACUCAUGCGCUGGCUGCCGUAAGGAGCGCAUUGUAGGCAUUCGUUUUAGGUGUCAGGUGUGCCGCGAUAUCUCGCUAUGCCUUCCCUGCUUCGCCGAGGGAUAUGCUGGCGGUCGUCACGAGCCCGGCCACCGAAUGUGUGAGGUCUUUGUCGAAGAUCAACCUCCCCAAAACUGGACUCGCCAUCUGGCCAAGCUUUGCGGCUGGUUUGUAGUUGGCCGCAAGAGAAAAACACAGGAAGAGGAUCGACGGGGCUUCUGCGAUGCCCAGGAGAGUGGCCCAGCGUUGGGGCAAAGCUCGGCCACGCCUAUUCCCGCUGAGACUCGUAGUAUACAGGAAAGGGAACGGGAAAGGGAACGCGAGAAGGACAAGGAGCAAACAGUAAUUCUUCAGCAGCAACAGGAGCUUUGCUCAUUGACGGGACUGGCUAGCAAGGCAUCCAGUCAGCUGCAGUCCAUUAUAGAUCGUCUAUUACUCCAAAAUAUGAAACUGGAAACCCAGCUUAAAACGGUGUCCACAUCUUCUAGUGCUGAGAUAUCGGAGUUUCUCAGCGCCCAUCAGAGCUUUCUGUUGCAGAUUAUCGAGGACAUGCGACAGCUAUCGUGCUCUCCAGCGGCUGCUCCCGUGGUUGCGGACGCCCAUGUCGCUGCGGCGCCUUUAGUUAGCUCCACUUUCCUAAGCUCCAGCACUCCCCAGCGCCAGAUCUUCGAUAUGUAUGGGCCAGUGGGAGCCAACCUAACGCACUCUAUUAAUGGCGCUGAUUUAAAUCGCAGCUAUUUAGAAGCCAACAAGUCAGAUUAUUCGUUGAAUGAUAUCAGUCUGUGGUUCGAUCAACGGCGAUCAAGCCUGCAACACCAUUCGCAGCAGGCUACUGGUUCCACUCCAGCUCCCCUUUCCCUACCCAUGCCAUUGGGAGCUCUGCUGGAACACCCAGCGUCCAAGGAUGGGUCUAUGCGUGACACAGAGAUGGUCAACUUUAAAUUACUUUUGCACAAAGUAAAGGAGAUUGUGGAGGACUCGUACAGCGACAAUGCCGAGCUUUCUGCAGCGACACAAAAUCUGGAGAACGUCCUGGAUAGCAUUAUAAAAAGUGAAGAGCAGCAGCGCCGCAUCAGCUCGUGAAGAGGUCCAAGACACCUUUUUCCAAAUCAAUUCCCUCCAGACGAAGUCUUUUUUAGGCCAAGAUAAACUUUAAGUUAUAAGU